AUGGCAUCUUUUUCUAUCAAAUUUUUGGCACCUUCAUUGCCAAAUCCAACUAGAUUUUCCAAGAGUAGUAUUGUCAAGCUCAAUGCAACUCCGCCGCAGACAGUGGCUGCGGUGGGGACUCCAGAGGUUGCUGCUGAGAGACUAGAACCAAGAGUUGAGGAAAAAGAUGGAUAUUGGAUACUAAAAGAGCAGUUUAGGCAAGGUAUUAAUCCUCAAGAGAAGGUGAAGAUUGAGAAGGAACCUAUGAAGUUGUUCAUGGAAAAUGGUAUUGAAGAGUUAGCUAAGAUUCCAAUUGAAGAGAUAGAUAAAUCUAAGCUUACUAAGGAUGACAUCGAUGUUAGGCUUAAGUGGCUUGGCCUCUUCCAUAGGAGAAAGAAUCAAUAUGGGAGAUUCAUGAUGAGGUUGAAACUUCCAAAUGGAGUAACAACGAGUGCUCAAACUCGAUAUUUGGCAAGUGUGAUAAGGAAAUACGGGGAGGAAGGAUGUGCUGAUAUUACGACAAGGCAAAAUUGGCAGAUUCGUGGAGUUGUGCUACCUGAUGUGCCUGAGAUUCUGAAGGGACUUGAAGAAGUUGGCUUGACUAGUUUGCAGAGUGGCAUGGAUAAUGUCAGGAAUCCAGUUGGAAAUCCUCUGGCUGGAAUUGAUCCUGAAGAAAUAGUUGACACAAGACCUUACACUAAUUUGCUCUCCCAAUUUAUCACUGGUAAUUCACGAGGCAAUCCGGCAGUUUCUAACUUGCCAAGGAAGUGGAAUCCGUGUGUAGUAGGCUCUCAUGAUCUUUAUGAGCACCCUCAUAUCAAUGAUCUUGCAUACAUGCCUGCCAUAAAAGAUGGACGAUUCGGAUUCAACCUGCUUGUGGGAGGGUUCUUCAGUGCCAAACGAUGUGAUGAGGCAAUUCCUCUUGAUGCAUGGGUUCCAGCUGAUGAUGUUGUUCCGGUUUGCAAAGCAAUACUGGAAGCUUUUAGAGAUCUUGGUUUCAGAGGGAACAGGCAGAAAUGUAGAAUGAUGUGGUUAAUCGAUGAACUGGGUGUAGAAGGAUUCAGGGCAGAGGUCGAAAAGAGAAUGCCUCAGCAAGAGCUAGAGAGAGCAUCUCCGGAAGACUUGGUUCAGAAACAAUGGGAAAGAAGAGAUUAUCUUGGUGUACAUCCACAAAAACAGGAAGGCUAUAGUUUUAUUGGUCUUCACAUUCCAGUGGGUCGUGUCCAAGCAGAUGACAUGAAUGAUCUAGCUCGUUUGGCUGAUGAGUAUGGCUCAGGAGAGCUACGGCUGACUGUGGAACAGAACAUUAUUAUUCCCAACAUUGAGAACUCAAAGAUCGAGGCACUGCUAAAAGAGCCUAUUUUGAGCAAGUUUUCACCUGAUCCACCUAUUCUCAUGAAAGGUUUAGUGGCUUGUACUGGUAACCAGUUUUGUGGACAAGCCAUAAUUGAGACAAAAGCUCGUUCCCUGAAGAUCACCGAAGAGGUUCAAAGGCAAGUAUCUCUAACGAGGCCAGUAAGGAUGCACUGGACAGGUUGCCCGAAUACGUGUGCACAAGUUCAAGUUGCAGACAUUGGAUUCAUGGGAUGCCUGACUAGAGAUAAGGACAAGAAGACUGUGGAAGGCGCCGAUGUUUUCUUAGGAGGCAGAAUAGGGAGUGAUUCACAUUUGGGAGAAGUAUACAAGAAAGCCGUUCCGUGUGAUGAAUUAGUACCACUUAUUGUGGACUUACUAGUUAAGAACUUUGGUGCAGUUCCACGAGAAAGAGAAGAAACAGAAGACUAA